CGCCCAGCGGCCCAGGCUUCCUUCUUCCUCUAUCUCAAUACCGGGAGUACAAUACAAUGCGCUCCUAAGCUUAUACUCAGUCUUUCUAUGUCUUAUCCCAACGCCAAUCCCAAUCCCAUCAAGUGCUCGUCUCCCCGCUCUCCCACCGCCGCCGGAGGAACGCAGCCGGUGUUGCCCUUCUAUUAUCCUCCGGCGAUGAAGAAGGCCAAAACCCAGGCCAUCGCCUGCUCCCUUGAUACGAACAUGAACGGCGGCCAGCAUCACGUUCAUUUCUCCUCCGAAGAUCCAUCCAUCUCACCCAGCAUCGAGGAUCCGAACCUCUCCGGCGAUGUCCAUACGAGCUCCUCCACUUCAGGCGGCGUCACUGCCAAUUUGUCUCGCAAGAAGGCGAUUCCUCCCCAGCCUGCCAAGAAGCUAGUUAUUAAGCUUGUUAAAGCAAAACCAACAUUGCCAAGAAAUUUUGAAGAAAACAGAUGGGCUACUCUUAAGUCAGCUAUUAGUGCGGUUUUCUUGAAGCAGCCUGAUCCAUGUGACUUGGAGAAGCUCUACCAGGUCGUUAAUGAUCUUUGUCUGCACAAGAUGGGGGGAAGUCUCUAUCAGCGGAUUGAAAAAGAGUGUGAAGCACAUAUAGCUGCAGCACAACAAUCUUUGGUCGGGCAAAGUGAAGAUCUUGUGGUGUUUUUAUCACUUGUUGAGAAGUGUUGGCAGGACUUUUGUGACCAGAUGUUGAUGAUUCGCGGGAUAGCUUUAUAUCUAGACAGAACAUAUGUUAAACAAACCUCUAAUGUACGUUCCCUGUGGGAUAUGGGCCUACAUCUUUUUCGCAAACAUUUUGCUCUUGCUUCUGAAGUGGAACACAAAACAGUGUUUGGCCUUCUACAGAUGAUUGAGAGUGAGAGACUAGGUGAGGCAGUUGAUAGAACUCUUCUUAAUCAUAUUUUGAAGAUGUUCACCGCAUUAGGAAUUUACUCAGAGAGCUUUGAAAAGCCAUUUCUUGAGUCUACAUCUGAAUUUUAUGCUACCGAAGGUGUCAAGUACAUGCAGCUGGCAGAUGUGCCAGAUUACUUGAAACAUGUAGAAGCAAGGUUGCUUGAGGAACAGGAAAGAUGUUUGCUCUACCUCGAUGCAAACACAAGAAAGCCACUGAUAGCAACUACAGAAAAACAAUUACUAGAGCGCCACAUCUCUGCCAUUCUUGAAAAGGGUUUCACAAUGUUAAUAGACGGAAAUCGCAUUAAUGAUAUCCAAAGGAUGUAUAUGCUUUUCUCAAGGGUGGAUGCUCUUGAAUCCUUAAGGCAUGCUCUUAGCUUGUAUAUCCGAAGAACUGGGCAGGGGAUUGUUAUGGAUGAAGAAAAAGACAAAGAUAUGGUAUACAACUUGUUAGAGUUCAAAGCAUCUCUUGAUAAAAUAUUGGAAGAAAGCUUCAUUAAAAAUGAAGCUUUUAGCAACACCAUUAAGGACGCAUUUGAGCAUCUCAUAAAUCUCCGCCAGAAUCGCCCCGCUGAGCUGAUUGCCAAGUUUUUGGAUGAAAAGCUUCGUGCUGGUAAUAAGGGUACAUCAGAAGAGGAAUUGGAGGGUACACUUGACAAAGUCUUAGUCCUGUUCAGGUUUAUACAAGGUAAGGAUGUAUUUGAAGCAUUCUAUAAGAAAGAUCUUGCCAAAAGACUAUUAUUGGGAAAGAGUGCGUCUAUUGAUGCCGAAAAAUCCAUGAUUUCUAAGUUAAAGACAGAGUGUGGUAGCCAAUUUACCAAUAAACUUGAAGGGAUGUUCAAGGAUAUAGAACUAUCAAAAGAGAUAAAUGAAUCCUUUAAGCAAUCAUCCCAAGCAAGGACUAAACUCCCAAUUGGGAUUGAGAUGAGUGUGCAUGUGUUGACCACUGGUUACUGGCCAACAUAUCCUCCCAUGGAUGUUCGGCUUCCCCAUGAACUAAUUGUGUAUCAGGAUAUUUUCAAGGAGUUUUACCUCAGCAAAUACAGUGGGAGGCGCUUAAUGUGGCAGAAUUCAUUGGGCCAGUGUGUCCUUAAAGCAGAAUUUCCCAAAGGUAAAAAGGAGCUUGCUGUUUCUCUAUUCCAGACUGUUGUUUUGAUGAUUUUCAAUGAUGCGGAAAAUCUAAGCUUUCAAGACAUAAAAGAAGCUACUGGUAUCGAAGAUAAAGAGCUGAGGAGGACUUUGCAAUCCCUUGCAUGCGGGAAGGUGCGGGUUCUCCAAAAGACACCGAAGGGUAGAGAUGUGGAGGAUGAUGAUACCUUUAUGUUCAAUGAUCAAUUCACUGCUCCACUUUAUCGGAUAAAGGUAAAUGCUAUCCAGCUGAAAGAAACAGUUGAAGAGAACACAAAUACUACUGAGAGAGUAUUCCAGGACAGACAAUACCAGGUGGAUGCUGCCAUUGUUAGGAUAAUGAAGACCAGAAAAGUGCUUAGUCACACCCUCUUGAUAACAGAGCUCUUCCAACAGCUAAAAUUUCCAAUAAAACCAACAGACUUGAAGAAAAGGAUCGAGAGCCUUAUAGAUCGAGAGUAUCUGGAGCGCGACAAGAACAAUCCUCAGGUAUACAAUUACCUUGCCUGAUUCCACCAUUUCUUCUACCGUCUCCUCAAUGUGGUGCUUUGUUUCCCUGCCCCCGGGAUGAUCAUCGUAUCUUCUGUACAGUUGGUAGUGAUGGAUCCUUUUGUUCCCCCCCUCCUACACUGUAAAUCUUAAUCCCUGACUUAGCUCCUCACACACCAGUCCCAUGCAUAUGAACAAAGGGAACCAUUUUUUAUUAAAAAAUUAUAUUUAUUUUUUACUUUUGUUAACAUGUUUGGACGAUUGGACUUGACUGCCAGAAGACAUUUAUCACAAGUCUUUUACUCCUGUCUGUAUUCUUGAAUGCCAAAUGUUUUACUGUGCUGUCAAAUGUCAAUGUGAGGCUUGAAUAUGUAAUUUAUGGUCGAACUCAAAAUUACCCGCAAAAAUAGAUCAAAGUGAAUGAAUUCAAACCCCUAGA